AUGGAAAAGGAGGAAGAGCUCGAGGAAGAUAUUAACGAAGUUAUAAUAAUGCAAGGUCUGACAUAUAACAGUGCUAAUACAGGAUUUGGAAGAUUAAUCAAUGUGGAAGAAAGGGUUUUUAUAUUGGCGAGUAGUGAUGUAUGGUAA